AUGAAAGAUAUUGUUCAACUGCUCGAUUUACCUGAUGAGUUAAUUUUAGCUAUUAUGAAUAAAAUUAAACCUCGAAUGUUAUUGCUUUGUUCUAUUAUUGAUAUUGGUAAUAAUCGUUUGGAACAACUUGUACUUGAUGGAUGUCAUUCAAUCGAUUUAACUUUUGAUUAUUCUACAUCGCCCCAUAAAUUACUUUUUAGACGGUUUUAUUCACAUGUCAUGCCUCGUAUCAGUAAUCAGAUUCAAUCAUUGACACUUGACAUUCCACAUAUUCGUCAUCUUAUCAAUUUUGCUGAACAAAACUGUAAUGGAACUCUUCCAAAUUUGACACAUUUGAAAAUAACGACUGGUAUACAAUGUCAUGAAACAGGCGCACCUUAUACAUUAAGUAAAUUAUUAUUAAGUUUAUUUUUUUAA